AUGACCUUGCAGAAAGGAACUAGAGCCAAGAAUUCUCUAGGAGCAUUGCCAGAAGAUCUUGUAGAGGAAAUACUGCACUUUGUCGAACCAAAGGAUAUUGCGGGGUUCUGCUCCGUAUCAAAAGUAUGGGAAAAGCUAUGUAAUGAUAAUAGGUUGUGGAAGAAAAACGUCAUCGCCCAUGGUUGGAAGUGGUGGAAUAGCCCCCCUAUCGACCCACCGUCAUGGAAAAAGAUCUAUAUGCAUAGGACCGUAACGGAUCGUGUUGUACUUGAACAUUUGCAAAACGUAUUGGACAGUCCGCGUGGAAGAAUCGCCAAUAUGCUGAAAAUUGCACAACAUGGAUCAGAUGCCGUGGAUGUACUUAUUGGGACGAUUGAUGAGAAAAAGAAGGACCAUCUUACGCGAACAUAUUACGCUCGCAAAAUAUUACGAUUGCUCAGCAGACAAUGGGUGGUCUCGCAGUGGCGCUUACUUAUGCCAAUGUUGGGUUCGUUCCAUGCGCAGCACAUCCAAACUCGUCACUCAACUGCUUGUUCCAUUGCGGGUGUACGACCUACCACAUAUGCCCCACCCUUUCCGCUCGAAUAUGGUGCCUUCCUCCUGUCUAAAUUCCAUAGCUACACAUUGGAUGUAGCAGAUGUCAUGGGACAACUUGACGCACUAGCAGAUGAAGCCAGACUGCAUGUUAUAGAUCCUGGUUCGACGGGCUCUGGUAUUGAAACGCGGGCAAGACAACUCUACGAUUUUCUCUUCGUUGUAAAAGGGUUUACCGGUGCCGUUCAGGAUUACUAUAAUGUGGAGAACUCCUUAAUUGACAAGGUGCUAUCCCGGCGAAAAGGAAUACCGAUCACUUUGGCCUUAUUGUACCAUGCGGUGGGACGUCGUUUGGGACUCCAGAUUGACAUGAUUGGGUUUCCUCAACAUUUUCUGGCGCGUAUUGUAACAGAGGAUGGAAGCCAAUGGUUUGUGGACUGUUUUCAACAGGGACGCAACGGGGGAUUUCGUACGAGAGAAGAGUGUAUAGACUUGCUCUCGGAUAUGCGACUGGUGACCCGAGAGGAAUACCUGUCUCCUACAACAGAUCAGGAUUUUUAUACACGGAUGGCGUCCAACAUUGUUGCAGCGGUUCAUCACGCGCCGGAUCUUGAACAAUCUACAGACAUACAUAUUCACGCUUACGGAGCAAUGAUUGUUCUUCUGUUACUUUCCGGAGACCAUACCCAAAUCAGCACUCGCCAUCCACAUCGGCGGAUUUUGUAUGGCAUUCUACGCGCUGAUGUACCCGAAGAUGUAUGGUUUGCCGAGGCUGAUUUGGCUAUGCUGAGAGCCAGACAAACUACUGGUGACUCUGGAAUGCGCGGGACGCAGGCAACCUUGGAGAUUGCAGCUUUAGAGAAUGAGGUGGCAGAAAUUUGGACCGUGGAUGGCGCUAGUGCCCCUCAAAACGUUAAACGGCGGGAUCCAGACAUGGGUCGAGGAUCGGGUUCUUCGAAGAGGAUUCCGCGGUUUCAUGUGGGCGAGACCUUUAGUCAUUCGCGCUAUCAUUAUAGUGGGGUGAUCUAUGGUUGGGACUUGGUUUGCUCAGCGGACGAGGAAUGGAUAUUACGCAUGGGAGUUGACAGGCUGGAGCACGGAAGACGGCAGCCGUUUUACAAUGUUUUUGCCCUUGGACCCGACGGAGCUCGAACGUAUCGUUAUGUUGCAGAGCAAAAUAUCAUUCCGGGAAAUGGUGAUCCUGCAAUGUUCCUGGCCCAUGAAGAAAUUGGAAAGUGGUUUGAAAGGUGGGAUAAUGAAAGAAUGGUAUUUGUUCCAAACAAGGAGUUGAGGGAAGAAUAUCCAGAUGAUUUGGGUCCGCGUGGAGCGGAAGCGCAAUAG